CACGAAGUGAAUUGACCGAGAAGGCCUCCAACACGAGGAUAUUGUUCGCGUGUCGCUUGCAAAUGAAUUAAAAGAUGGCCGACGAAGGCGAGGACGAAACUUGUGAUCAAACCAAGCAAAAUCCCCGGCAAGUACGUUUGUAUUACGUUGCUUAAUUUUGUCGAAGAAUAAUAUUUUCUCUAGGAAGCCACUUCUACAGUAUAAAGGAAGGGAAUUCGUACUAUUUAAUAGGGAACUUUAUCCAUGUUUUCUCUGUUAUAUAAGCUUAGGUUAUUUAAGGGCAACUUACACAAUGCAAAGUUUAAGGCAAACGAGGUUCAUGCGCUAACUGAUCAUGACCAAAAGAAACUGGUCGAAAAGAAAACAAAUAUAUCUUAUCGAACUUCAUUGUACAUUUUUAGUGGCACGAAAAUAACUCGAUAUUUUUAGUCUGUACUGUGUCUUCGGACUUGAAGAAAUACAAGAAAUAUAAGGCUUAGCCAUUCUUAAUUUCUGCCUAAAUUUCCUCUUUGAGGUUUUAACAGUUUUUCAUGUUUAUUCAGUCUCGGUUUAUUUUCAGCGACAGUUCGAUGUGCGAGAUAAAUGACCCUAAGUCCGUUAAAAUGGUCGAAAUUCACUUGUGCCGAACUUUGGUUGAUUCCGAAUGUAAAUGAGCGAGAACGAUAGAAUCAACACAUGUGAAGUUAGACGUUUCAAAUGAGCUUUACACUUAUCCACAAUCAUAAUCAUUGCCAUCUUAAAAAUGUAAAAUUAUAUUUGUUGACUUCCCGACAACAGGUUUGUGGCAAUCGGUUCAGUUCAAUGGUCUCAUCGCAGGAAAUAAAACAGACCGUAUAACAACUUUUAUAAUGCAUUCGCCAUUUGCACAUCUCCAAUAAUACACCUUGUUUUCCUCCAACAACUUUUUAUUUAUCCUAGGUAUUACAGUCGCCCCAAGAGAAAUGAAAGAAAGUGCUUAUUCAAAAUUUGUGGUGGCGGGUCGGGCAAACAAGGUGUAUUAUUGGAGAUGUGACAAUGGCGAUUGAUGACCAGAUGAAUUUUAUUUGAAUGUACCACGUUCUCAUUUGGUAAUAUUUAUUCCCCAUGGCUUUAUAUAUGAAGCUGCAAAAUAUUUUGUUUCUUGACAUGGAGACAGCCGGGCCAGGGGCGUUUCUCCAAAGUCCCGAUAACUUUUCGGGCCCGAAGUCAUAUAUCCAAAUCGAAGUAAAAAGAAUAAGAGCGCGGGUUGUUGGCUAACAAAAUACUCCAUUUUGUUUCGUUAGCUGAUAAUUUUAUCAUGUUAGAUGCAAAACAAUUGAAACUUCUAUCUUGCAUGUAAACAACUACAGCUUUACGGGACCGUUAACUUUCGGGCCUUUCGAGAAACGGGCCCCAAAACCGGACUAGUUGACUCUGAGCGGGAGAACUGUUAUAGUGACUGCGCGUACGUCAUUCAAAAUAAGGUGGGUUUGAUAUUCCGAUUUGAAAUCAUCGAUGCAAGUAAAAAACACCGUAGAAAUUUUAACUUUGCGACUUCUUUAAUACUCAGUAGUAAGCUUCUUCAAAUAGCAAGGAUUUGAAUUGUCAAAGCCAGUUCCUUCAGCAUGAAAAUGAAUAUAUAAUUAUAUAGCAAUUGGAACUAAAACAAAACGGUGCUUAUAAUUACCAGAUUAGAUGUUUUUCUUUUCUCUUGAGGGUUAAACCACGUGAAUGACUAGUUGUACAGGGCCUUUCACAGCAAGUUGUUCACGUGGUACAAAAACACCACACUAGAGAGCUAGAAGCGCACGCACUGGGAGAAGACCAACCAGGGCGUAAUAAGCUAGGCUAGCUUAUUACGCCCUGAGACCAACAAAGGAAAUUAUUAUUUAAAAGAUGUUAGCCAUAUGUUUGUCUUGUUCCAGUGUGUCCGUUGCUCUCCAGUACGCAUGACGUUUUUAGGUCACUUUGUUGAUGCUAAAGCUCCCUAGUGUCUAGCUCUAACAGCCAUUGUAUAUAGCUUAAUUUACUAACUUGUACUGAAACUGUCCACCCGUCAUAGGAAAGGUCAGAUCAGACGCGGUUAAAUUGCCAAUGGAAUUUAAGGAGAAUACUACUACACCAUUCAAUUUAUUUAUAUAAUUAGCUCAUGCAUGACUCAUGCUUUAACCCGGCCGUCAUACCAAAAUCAAGAAAGAAUUAUUUCUUGCGUAGCACAAUGUAUCUUGACAAGCUUCAGCUUCAAAAGAAAACAGGACGAACUGAGCGUUAGCCUGCGUGGCAGGCGCAAAAAGGGGAGGGGGAGCAGCCCAUAGUAAUACAAAAAGACAAGGAGACCCCUUUGCUUUAGCGAUUUAUUCUUAUUGAGUGGGUAUGUUAGGGGUACCAUUUUUCAAUGGAAGGAAUACGAACGAGGUACCUCUUUUGUAAAAAAUGGUAUAUUAUGGGUGAUGGAUUGUACAUCGGGUCGGAGCCUCGCCGUAUAAAACCGUCAUGUCAGAAAUCUGGACUAAAUUGCGUAUAAUACUGUGCUUGCGAUUGGCUGGGCGCUAUCAAAGCAAUAGGGCUCAAGAGGCUUUUAAUUCUUGCGCGGGUCGCUGCUGAAGAUUUGACUGAAACUGGAAAGCACGCGUAAAACGUCUCUGAAUGAAUUUAAAAGCGAAAACAGGUGAGCCCAAAAGGGGCUUUUUUAAAUUAAAGGAGUAAGGUGAUGCUGAAGAUAUUUCUUCUUUGAUCAGGAAAAGAGGGAGGAGCAGUCAAGUGAUUCAAAGGAACCGGGGGAACCAGAGGAACCGGAACUACCACAGAAUGUUGAAUAUGCAGAAAAUUGCACUCCAUCAGGCAAUGGUAAAAACUAGCUUAGGGACGGACCAUUAGAAAAGUGAUGGGGAGGGAGGGUGGGGGUGGGGAAAAAACCCAAAAAAAAAUUCAUGCAAGGGAAAUGCCAAGAAAAAAAAUUCAUGCAAAGAAAAAGGUAAAGAAAAAAAAUUCAUGAAGAAGGAAGGUCCAAUUGUGACUUUUUCAGAAAGACUAAGUUUCUUUCAGAAAGCCCGAGUUUCAGAAAUCAACAAUAUUACCAGGCACAAUAUGAAUAAACAAAAAUCGCUUUCUUCUUAUUGAAAAGAGACCAUUAAAACCUUAUUUUUGUUUUAAAUUGCAGCUACUGUACCUACAACAUACACUGUAUACUGUAUUAUAAUAAAACUAACAAAAUAAAAUUUGUAAUAAAUAAAUAUUAGAAUUUGGUAGCUUUGUAAAUAUGCUAUAAAAUUAUUUGUGCCCACAAUAAAAAUUAGAGGAUGGGCCUUACCACCUUGAAUAUAAGAAUUCUAUAAUACAAUGAAAAAGUGCAUUCACACGUAGUAGUAAGUGUUAAAACUUUAACUGUCAACGACAUAAACAGCAACACUGCCACCGGUACUUUUAACAAAAAUUAAGAACCACAAAGUAUGGUUUUCAUUGGCAGUCAGUCUACCUGCAACAUACAGUGUAUCCUGUAUUAUAAUAAAUAUCAUAAAUACAUUUAAUUAUCCAUAAACAGUUUCAAUAUUAAACUUUUCAACAUAUAAAAUUUAUAAUUAAAAUAAAAAUAUUAGAAUUUAGUAUCUUUGUAAAUAUUCUAAAAAAUUAUUGGUGCCCACAAUAAAAUUAGAGUAUGGGUCUUAUCGCCUUGGAUAAUGAUUCUGUAAUAAAAUGAAAAAGUGCAUUUACAUGUAGUAGUAGUGUUAAAACUUUAACUGUUACCAACAUUAACUAGUCAACAACAUAAACAGCAACGCUGCCACUGGUACUUUUAACAAAACGGCGUCGGUGGAUAACACCUUCCUCGAUCCACUUAAUUCUUCAUAUCCUACUCAGCCUCAUUCAUUAAUUACUAAUUUAUUAUCCAGAAUAACUACUUAUCACCCAAUAAUUAAGAGAGUAUGGCAUCAUUAUGAUGGGCUGUGGGAGAGGAAUUCCAGAGGGCAGGGACUGAAAAUAUGCACUCUCUCAAUGUGUGUACAUUUUCGAAAAGAUUUUGCAUUAAAGUGGUCUGUAUCCUUUGAUCUAUUGUGAGUGUAGAAUAAUUUAUAAAGCAGAAAAACAUAGAUAAUGAAUCAAGAUUUCACUGUUCAAUAAAAAGCAAUAUUUGUCUGGAAAAAAAAUUCGUGCAGAGGGGUUCACCUGAAAAAAAAAAAAUUCCUGCACAAGCAGUGAGCGAAAAAAAAAUUCGUGCAAGCUGAAAAUUCCCCCCCCCCCCUCCCCCCCGCAUCACUUUUCUAAUGGUCUGUCCCUUAAUUCGUUAGUUAUUUAAGCAAUAGAAAACGUUUUCCUGUGUUUGCAUGGCCUGAUAUAAACACGAGAGGGGUUGGGAGAAUUCCAGACAGUUAUGCAAACCCGAGACGAAGUCGAGGGUUUGCGUAACUGUCGAGAAUUCUCCCAACGCCUCGAGUGUUUAUAUCAGGCUAUGCAAACACAGGAAAAAAAGUUUUCUAUUGCUUUUAUAAAAUAACUUUCCCGAGAAAAAAACGCAAAACUCUUUGUAUGGCACUGAUUAAAAGAGAAAUUCUUACCAGUCGCAAAGUCUUGUCCACGAAGUCUUGCACGCGUAAUCAGUUCUUGUUUUGCAAAAAGAUGCUUUGCAAAAUACGGAUUUUUCUCGCUUAAAACGGUCAGCUGAGGCGAAGAAAAAUGUACACACCUUCUUUUUAACGAUUUUCCAAGUUUCAGCCGACGAAGGAAUGGGUAAAUAAAGUAAACUUUUUGAGUUUUGAACUCGAAAACUUUUUCAAAUUUGUGCUUGCGUGAUUAGCGCCCGAAAAGCCAAACAACUUGACGCCACAACAAUGUUUACAUACUCUCAUGCAAACACUCCUCUCGGCCAAUCAGAGCGCGCGAACUAUCUUAGUUAUUUUAUAAACUAUAGUCCAAAGCAAUAUGUAAUUUUUUGUAAAUGCUUUUUGACCAACUUUUUACUACGCUGACAAAUUUUGGAGAAAAAUGGGCCUUGCUGACUGAAUCGGUGUCACUGUAGACUACGAGUAGUCACCAUUUUUCCUCAGGAAUAGUAGAGCGAGCGAAACUCGAGCGUGCGUGAAAAUCACCCUACGCAAAGGCGAAACGCCUUUCUCGUAGUCUAGUGUCACUUCCUCAGAAGCAGAUGCUUUCAUGGAUAUUUCAAAGCCGCCAUGUUGUGAUGCUAGCCCACGUUAUGCUAAUUUUCAGAAGUGGAAAUUCUCUGGACUGUAGUUGUCAUCUGAAUGAACGUAAAUACUAUUAUUAUAAGUUUUAACCCUCGGACGUAAAAGGGGAGGGUGGUUGCCACCCACUUGAGGUUUUUUUUUGAGUUUUUUUCCUAGGCGAUAAAACAUCAGCACUUGACGUUUUCAGUAGCGGUUCCUUUAUCCCUCGCACGCAUUUUGAGACAAGUUUAGUGAUGGUCAGUUACUAUGGCUACGAAAUAUGACGCCAUAAGUAGCCAUUUUUGAGUGAAAAUGCAAAUUUAUGUGUUAUCGUACAGCCAAGAACAAAAAAUUACCAUUUAUUGCGGUUUUAACCUCAUUUCUAAUUCUUGGUAAAAUCUAAGAUGGCGGCCAAGACGGCAACCAUUGUUGGUGAGGUCACAGGCCUCCAGCAGCGCCACCACCCAUAAAAAUAAUAUACCUCAUCUUGUUGAGAACAUCGAAGGCUUUCCACUGAAGGCAAAAUCGUUUCGAAAUACUCCAACAUAUGAAAAACCCUGGGGAGGGGUUCCAUCAACCCCCCUCUUGUACCACGGUGGGGGUAUGAAUUUGCGUGUACGUCCGAGGGUUAAGCUGUCCAUUUCUUAUAGCUACAAUACUCGUCACAAAUCGUUGAAACAGACACCGUUUCUCUUGAAUUUCCUGGAAAAUUCCUGAGAUUUACUCAUCACACUUUUCUUCUCAGUGAAAUAUGCCUUCUCCCUCCCCAAUGUUGAGCCACGCGUGUUUUGAAGCACUGAGACCACUGUAAUACCCCAAAGCAACAUUGGGGAAGUAGAAAUGCACUUAAAGGGCUUCAAGAUUUUUGACGGAUAUUGUAGAACACACCAUACUAUAACUACACGAGGAGAAAAUAACAAAGGAGGCUAAUGGCUGUGGCGUCCGGCGUUUCAAAAACAACACCUGGAGCAUCAGAGUUUUAUCCACCCUACUUUUAACAAGGGCUAAUUAUUUACAAAGAAUUUUUUUGGCGUGUUCGUUAAACAGGAAAAAAAACAUCCUCCAACAAAGCCAAGAAGAUUGCAGCUGCUGCAGCCGUGGGGGUGACUGCUACUGUUGUGGGUGUACUAGCUGCUCCAGUGAUUGCUGGCGCUGCUUUGGGUGCGGCUGGAUUCACUUCUGCUGGAGUAGCCGCUGGUUCUAUUGUAGCAGGUGUACAGUCAGCUGUUUAUGGUGGAUCUGUAGCUGCCGGAAGUCUGUUUGCUCUCUGUCAGAGUGCAGGUGCCACUGGAGUUAUUCGCUCAGCGGCGACUGCUGCCAUUGGAGGUGGUACUGGAUUAACUGGAAUUGCUGCAACUCUGGGGAGUUUUAAACUAUUUGUAAGGCUCGAAUGUUUUUAACAAUAAUAGACGACAGCAGAAUUAAACUAAAACAAGAGUACAUUGGGCUGCUGCCCCGACGAACAGAACAUAUUUACCAGGACAGACGAGCUUUAAAAUUAAUGCAAUAUCAGACAAAACAAUACUAAAACUAAGAACGAGAAUAAUUUUGGGAGUUUUCAGUUAGUUUAAAUUUGUCACGUUUUACUGUCAUGUUAUAUCUGUGGGGGCUGAGGGACUGGAGGAGCGGGGGGAGGAGAGGGUGCAUUGUGGAAAUGUCCCAGUUAGAAAGACUAGCUAUCUUUCCUCGUUCUGAUAGGACAACUUGCCUUUUCAUGUUUUUAAUCAUAUUGGUGGGAUUGAUGUCACCCGUUAAGUUUCUUGUUUAUAUUUGAAAUUAUAAACGAUCAGCCCUCUCCCUCAAAAGUCGAAUGAUCGUCCCCAUUUUAUAUAGCAGAGGAAGGAAACACGCAAUGCCUUCCGGGAUGGUUAUGCGUUGGCGAUUUUGUCUUUUUCAGUCGGAGACGACUGUCACGUGCAGCCAAAUAACAAGUAUAGUUGACGACAUACGACCCAUUUGAUUCUAAAUUCGACAGCACAAAAAGUGUCGACAUUUGAAAUUAAUCGAAUUCCAAAACAGCAACUAAGAAAAGAAAGUACUUCAUGAAAGGAACUUUCAAUGACAUUUUGUUGUAAACAAAUAUUGAACCGUGAAUACUGUGUCUGGUUUCCUCACACCGGAUUGGCUUUUUCUGGUGGUAGCUUCUCUCCCGCCGAGGAAGAGAAGCGACAACCGGAAAUACGCAUGCGGUUAGCAGGCUAAAUUUAAGGGCGUUGAAUGAAAUAAUUUGAACCACGAAGCUUUAAAGUUUUAAAGCUUGCAGUUCUUUUACAUUACAGCAUAGUGAUGAUGAUGAUAAUGACGACGACGAACAUAAUGAAAAAGGAAAAUACUACUUGAAUUUACUGUCCAAAUACUUUCAAAGGUUUGAACCUUUUUUGUCACUGGUAGAAUAAUAAAAGAACGCUUUUUCCCUGACAACGGAUAUUAUAAAUAAUGCACAGCAGUUACAGAAUAACUUACAUCAUGAAUCAAAUGUGCUAGAACCAAACAUUAAACAUAUAAACUCAUUUAAUUUAUAGGGAAGGAAAUCACACACCAUAAAGUUGGUGAUUUGUGGAAGCGGAGAUGGAGCGCAUGUGUUUGCUGGUAUUGCAUCUUCUCGAAAAGACACUGACGUUCGAAUUCUUGCUUUGCAUGAAGAUGAAGCAAAACGCUGGAAUACUGCACUGCAGCAAAAGAAACUUGAGGUUACAUUUCGUUGUGAAGGUGAAAAUGCGUCCAGUAUUGUAUCCAAACCAACUCUGGUGACAAAGAAGCCAGAAGACGCUAUGCGAGAUGCUCAGAUAGUGAUAUUUAUGAUGCCUGCGGCCUGUCAUCAAGUUUAUCUAGACGCUUUAGCACCGCACGUUAAACCUGGCACCGUUAUAGUUAGUUUAUCAGAGUACCCAGAGUUUGAGUUCCAAGUUCAUCGCGUGCUGGUGGAGGUAGCGCGGCAAUGCACUAUCAUUAAAUUUCAGUCACUUCCUUGGACGUGUCAUAUCACUGAAUUUGGAGUUAAAUGUGAGGUAACUCGUACCAUGAAGACACUGCAAGGGAUCUUGAAGGUAAGCUUAGCGAGUGUCGCUCAACCAGAACGGCUGACUUACUUAACCUUAUUCAGUCCAAGGCGUUUCCUUUAAAGCUCUCGUUCAAACUAUGACCACCAAAAAUUGAAAAAAAAUUUUCCUAAAACUUUAUCUCGGAACAUUUCAAAGUCGUCGUUACGAGAACAUCAAAAUUGACUUUACCAUAGCAACCGAAUUUUGACAGCCAUGUUAUGCAAAAUUUUCACUUUUCUGUAAAAAAGGUUCUACUUCUAUUCUGACUUACUGUAAAAUUCCGAAAAUAAGCCCCGGGGCUUUGGGGAGGGCUUUAUAUUUUUGGAGGGGCUUAUCUACGGAGGGAAAUUUUCGUUUCAAAACCGAUUGGGCUAGCCUUAUAAUUGGAAGCAAAUUUACUUUUUUUGCUCUGUUUUACUUUGUAGUUGAGGGCAAUUUUCCAAGUACAAGCCCCCUAAGGGCUUCUAUUUGGAGGGGCGAUUUAACGGAGGGUUUUUUGCGUUACCGGUUUGGGGGACUUAUAUUUUAGGGGGGGAGGGCUUAUACAUGGAGGGGCUUAUUUCGGAAUUUUACGGUAUUUAAUGAUAAUACAUCACCUAAUUUGGUAUUAUUGUAUUAAAUUUAUUAUAGCUGUUAAUGUGAUCUAGGCCUCUUCUAGUGACAAAUUUGAGAAAGAACAAAGGUGAAUUAAAAUGACCAAAUGGCAGGUUCUGGGUUCAGUUUUCAACAGCGUUCAUUUCUCGAGGAAUUUCAUAAAAACUUGCAGAUGUUAUUUUGCUUCCUAAGCAUCAUUUUAUACACAUGAGGUCAAUUUUUCUAUCACGAUUCUCUAGAUUUAUGAGGGUUUUAUAUAAAAUAGGAUACAUUUAAUUAGUUCAAAAAUAACAGAUCCAAGAUGGCGGAUGUUUUCAGUUCCUUCGACUUUCUUUGAUAUUUUUUUUUUUUUUACUUGAUGUUAUAACAUUGAUUUGAGCUCUUAUAAGGGCCAAAAAAUAUAUUAAAGACCAAGACCAUCAGUUACAUUUUUGCCCAUGUUGAUAACUUCAGGGGGCAUAAAGAAAAAAACAACAACAAGCACAGCGGUUUGAGACCUUCAACAUCGUGCCGAAGAUGCAUUCAUUCCAUUUAUUGUUAUAAUUAAACCUUGGCCGAAAAUAGGGACGACUGUGCUUUAAUUCAAGAGUUUGAAACUGAAAAUUUUACAGAUAUGCACAGUAUAAACAUAUUAUGUUUUUUUGUGUCGGUUUUAUGAUCAGACAGGAAACGUUGCUCCAAAGAAGGACCCAGUUUGCAACCUGCAGUAUCUCCUAGGAUCCCUCCCUGUACUGAGAGUAAAGAGGAUCUAAUACGACUGUUUAUGCCUUCCAAACAGUACUACUUGUAAACUUUAUUUAAUAAAAAGUGGUUUGAAAUCUCUGUAAACAAAACGAACAG